AUGCCGAGGCCUCCUCCGCCCGCGGGCCGAGGCCCCCCGGGGGCCAGGCGGCCGAUGCGGGACUUCUUCGCCGCCUGGCUCGGAACCCUCCGCUCGCCGCUGCUCCCGCUGCUCCGCCGCGCGCUCUCGUCCUCCUCCGGCUCCUGGAACGACCCGAUCUCCUCGGCCGCCGCCGCCGUCGAGGCCCACUUCCAGGCGCACUGGUCCGCGCUCGACGCCGCCGCGCGCCAGGACCCCGCCCAGGCCGUCUGCGCCGGGGACUGGCGCUCGCCCCUGGAGCUCCCCUUCCUCUGGCUCGGCGACCUCCACCCCUCCCUCCUCACCUCCCUCCUCCGCUCGCUCUCGCCCUCGCCGCGCCUCCUCGCCGCCGCCGACCGCGUCGACCGCCGGAUCCGGGCCGCCGUCCCCGCCGUCUCCGACCGCCUCCGCCGCGCGCAGGAGGCCUUCACCUCCGCCGAGCUGGCCGGCGCCGCCGACCUGGAGGCCUUCUUGGAGGAGCUCAAGGCCGUCGCGCUCGAGGCCAACCGGCUCCGCCGAGGCGUUCUCACGGAGCUCGUUGCCGCCGCCGGGGGCCAGCAGGCGGCGCUCUUCCUCGAGGCUCUGGCGCGCUUCGUGCUCUCCUUGCACGACCCGGAGGUGCUCCGCCGCUUCGACCAUUGCCGCCCCUCGCCCGGUAGUUAGCCCCUCUUCUUGCCUCGCUGGUAUACUAUUUUUCUCGAGUUAUCUUCUUUGUGCUGUGCAAAUCUUGGUUUCUUGGAGGAAUAGAUAGUAUGGAAGCUCCAUGUACCAAAAUCUCAAGACAAUGUUAAUACAAGGACAUCCUUUCUACUA